UGAAGAAGAACAGCAUGUAAGCAUGCAUCUGAUAUGAUGCUCUCCUUUUUUCAGUGUUUUCAUCUGAUUAUUAUUAUUACAGAGAUUAUAAUCCCAACCUGCAACUCAAGGACCAGCGACUAACCCAAAACUGAUGCCGGGUCAUAGGUUGUAACCCACAGUCCAGGUUCAGCUUCAUCCUAAAGUUGUUGGAUGAAGGUACAAAACUUUAAGAUUCUUCGAAAUAAAGGGCCCACAUCAAUCAACCGCCCUGUUUUCAGCAUGCUUUAGCUUGUGUAGCGUGCAUUAACAGAACAAGCAUAGAGCACUAAGCACAAAUGAAACAGGCACUGAGUGACAAGAGACACAGUGAGGGCGGGAGGAGAGCGUGAGAGAGAGGAAGAGAGAGAGAAAGCGGCAAGCAGAAAGCUCAUAGCUAAGGAGCGAGAGCAGCAUCAGAAGAAGAGGAUCGCUUUAAAAAGGACAAAAUAAGGAAAAAACAAAAAAGGAAACUCACCAGUCCUGCUGAUGGUCAUACGUCAACUUUAAGUGGCUAAAAUCUCAGUGAGUAGGAGAGAGAGAGAAAAGUAAAUUCAUCACCACCAUGAAGCUGUGGAGCCGUGUCUGCUUCCUCGUUCUAGCAGUUUCUCCUAUUUGCCUGGGACAAAAUGGUGCAAGUCAUGUGCAACCCAACGGUACAGUUUCUCCUGUCCCCUCAAUCGCUGCCACAUACGUUUUAAAUGGAACUGAAAAUAAGAUGCAAAAUGACACAGACCCUGAGAGUACUACAGCAGAGGAAACAAACAGUAUGCCUGGAGGCACAGUGGCUACUACUCUAACAAGUACUAAUGUACCAACAAAAGAGACUACCAGCAUAGUCACACAAGGAGGAGCAGACCGUGGUGGUAAAAUGACUCAAACGACACCAAGUACCAGCUCAGGAACUACAGCACCCCCUCCAGCUGGCUCGUCUGCAGGUUAUGUUGUCCUGGCGCUUAUCAUCAUAGUGAUUAUAAUUCUGUGUAUCAUCCUCUACCUCUUGAGGCGAGCCUCCAGGACAUAUUCAUUUGACCUCCAGCGUCCAAAUCCUGUUGGUCAUCUCAACCAGCCCACUGGCACCUUUGAGCCAGUCUACCUGGAUGAUCUGGAGCGACCGGUACCUAAAGAUAUUGAAGCCACCGAUGACCUUUCACCUCCACCGGUCGCUAAUGGCACGAGUCUACAGUCGGAAGAAAAGGACUCCACUGGAGAGAACGCUCCUGAGGAACAGCCAGAAGCAAACGGUGUGGAGACUUCACCCGCUGAAAACACCACUCCCUCACUGAGUAGCGAUGAAGCUGACAAGAUAUCCAACCCACCAAGCAGUACCAGCCUUUUCUUUGAUGCUAUUGGGGAGCAGCAGAAUGAAAACAACAACAACCCAAUUUGCUCCAGUGACCCAUUUGUUGAAAUAAACCUGGACGAGCCGGCAUGGUGUGAUCAGCUCCUCAAUGCUUCUGAAGGUUCUUCCUCGGUCUUCCCCUUCUCUCCAUUCUCCUUAUCCUCCUCUUCCUCUUAGCACCUUGAAUGUUAUCCUCUUCCAUCAACAUAUAGGCAGAGACUGUCUUUCGUAGCACAUGGACAUGAGCACAACAUGUGUUUUUUCCCCAAAGCUAGUAUGGAUUGUGAAGUGAACAACCAAGGAAUUAACAUCAACCUGUAAACAUGAAGCUAGCUUUAACUGAUUUCUUAUUGUGUUUUUAUAUGUUUUUGUUCAAAUUUAUUGGUCUCAUUUAGUAUUUUUUCUAAGACUAUAUGAAGGACUUUAAACUGAUUUUAAUUGAAUUGUUUGAAACUGAGCAAUUUGGGAAGCUCAAAGAGGCAGUCCAAAAUUGCAUCGAAGAAAAAGAAGGAUUGAAGAAAUGUUAACUCUUUUUACCCAAAUCACAACUUUUCCUGCAUUUAACUGACUUAUUAUUAUUGUUGCCUAACCACACUGCAAACUUCAUACCAAAGGAAGUAAAAUAAGCAAGGUAGCUUAUUUGUGACAUCUAGACUAAGCAAUAACGCCUGAACUUUUUUUUUUUUUU